CCUGAACCACCAGCGACUCCAAACAGAUGAAGAAGAGCCAAGAGUAAGCGAGGAGGAGGAACGGAGCUUUCCUUUAAAAAAAAAAAAAAGAGGGAAGAAUUAGCAGAAGAGGAACCGGAGAAGGAGAGGAGAGCGGGGACAGCGGCAGCAGGCUGGCCGGGACACGGAGCUCUUCAGCCGGGAAGAAAUCACCGCCACGACCGUCACAGCUCCGGGAUGACAAAGUCCCAGUGAAGCAGAGAGAGAGAUGUCGCAGAAGAAGAUUUUCCUGAUCUUCGUCGCCAUCAGCACUGUCAGUCUCCUGCUGCACCAUGGGGGCCACUUCAGCUGGACCAUGGAAGCCUUCCACAUCGGUUGUCCUGCCCUGCGUUCCCACCCUGCCCCAGGCCUUAAACCAAAGCACACCAAUGUGGUCUUCCUCAAGACCCACAAAACGGCCAGCACCACCAUGCAGAACCUGCUGUUCCGCUUCGCAGAGCGCAACAACCUCACGGCAGCGUUGCCUGUCCAGGCCUGCAGCCACCAGUUCUGCUACCCGCGCUCCUUCACCUCCCACUUUGUCCACCCGCACACGCUACCACCAAACAUCAUCACCAGCCACAUGCGCUUCAACAAGGGGGAGCUGCAGCGGCUGAUGCCCAAUGACACAAUCUAUAUCACGAUCCUGAGAGAGCCGGGAUCCAUGUUCGAAUCCUUGUUUAGUUACUACAACCAGUAUUGUCAGAGCUUCAAGAGGGUCCCCAAUGGCUCCCUGGAGGCUUUCUUGGAGGAGCCCUGGAGAUACUACCGACCAGAUGAGAAGGACUCCAUGUACGCACGCAACACCUUGACCUUCGACUUGGGCGGAGACAAGGAUCGGCCAGCUACAGAUGUGGCAUAUGCACGGGGCUUUCUGGCAGAGGUGGACCGAGUUUUCUCCCUGGUGAUGAUCGCCGAGUACUUUGAUGAGUCACUGGUUCUCCUUCGACAUCUCCUCUCCUGGGAUCUAGAUGAUAUCUUGUACGUUAAACUCAACAUGCGGACGCCAAGCUCGAAGCGGAGCCUGACGCCAGGCCUUCCUUCGAAGAUCCGUGCCUGGAACUCCUUAGAUGCACGUCUGUACGACCAUUUCAACGCCUCAUUGUGGCGCCAACUGUCGGCUAUUGGUCCAGCUUGUGUGGCAAGGGAGGUGCGACUCCUUCGGCGGGCCCAGGAGAGGUUAAUGAGAAGUUGUUUCGGUGGACGAAUGCCGCCUCUCCGAACGGCAGCACAGAUCAAAAACAAGGAUCUCCGUCCUUGGCAGCCUAGUGGAAAAGUCGACAUUGUUGGCUACGACCUCCCGGUAAAUCUCAGCCGCGGGUUCUCGAGUCAAGCCCAGGAGCUUUGCCUCAAGCUCAUCAUGCCAGAGGUCCAGUACACACGGGUGCUUCUACGUUCCCAAUCACUGCGCUACCGUCGAGGCUACCAGCUCCGGCCUCAGCAGCAGACUCAUCCCAUCCAGCAGCCCAUACGCACAGUCCUGCCUCGGCAUCCUCAAGUGCAACGAAGUCAACCUCCCCCCGCGGCCCCAGGCCCUGCAUCAGGGACUCGGUCCACCUCCACCUCAAAGCCUGCUGCAGGAACUCAAGGUCGGACCACAAAGAUAGGGCCUAGAUCUGCACAGACCCAGGCGUCGCAGACUGAAAAAUAGAGACUGGAAUAUAGUGCCCAAAAGACUGCAUUGUUCUUCCCAUCCUGAAGCUUGAGACAAUGCGACCUGGUUGGUGAGGUUGUUGGAAACAAGGGUAUCCUUGAGGAAAAGUCUGGGUUGCUCUUGAACCAAUGUCCCUCUUGUCCCGUCCAGACAGAGUUUGGGAUAAAAAUAACUGUGGAACAUCAGAGGAAAAAGGGGUUAGACAUAUCUGGACUUGGACUUGAACAUGUCCCCUCUCUGGUCUGUGAAACAGUAUCAGGACUAAAGGUCAGGAGGAAUCUACAAAAGGACAAAAGGCUCAAUUGCACGCCACUGCACGCCCGACAACGGCGGACAGGAGAAUUCUUUUUAGGUGAUGGGGGUUAUUUGAAGCAAAAUCUGUUAUGUGCGACUGGGACUCAAUAGGGAAGUGGCGAUAUCUGGGCCUAUUGUGCGGCACAAAGUAGGCAUUGUGUGUAUCACACUGGUAAAGCAUCAUGUUACUUGCUUUCAUUCCUUGCUCUCUCCUCCUAACAUAUGCCACUUAAAGUCCUUGAGAGAGGCAUAAUGACAUAAAGGGAUCCGCUGUCAGGCGUCCAAAGAGCCUUCUAAGAGGCCAGACAGUCAUGGAGAUCAGCUCCAACCGUUAAUACAACAGCACAAUCAACAACUCUUCUUCUUCUCUUACAAACUUUAGAGGCUACGGCAAAGGAGGGAGGGGAGGUAAAAUGUCAGAUAGACAGAUAAAAAGGGAGAGAUUACAGAAGAUAUGCCUGAAGACUGGAUCCAUUACAGGGACUGAACGAGUCUCUUCGGCCUUCGACCUAAUAGGCUUCCUCUACACAUCCACCUCUUAAUCCUCCAUCCUGUCAUCCCUGUUGCUACAGAGAGUUUCAUCUUCUUUGAUUGCAGCCUCGCUCGGACCUCCAGCUGAGAUCCUAUCAUAGAGACUUUCUAGGUUUCUGGUUGUGGGGGUUUUGUUUUUAAUCUUGGCCGUUAUUGCAAUAAGAUCUCUGUGUCUGCGUCACGUUUGAAAGGCAUGGAUUUAAUAACAUACCAGCAACCCCACACAGCACAAACAAAAACAACUUGAUAGGACAAAGACUUGAAGCCUGUGGGUCGCAGUGUUUGAAUAUUUAAUGGCCCCCUCUCAUGGCCUUCCUAUGGCGUAUGUGCUCGGGUUACACGGCUGUACAUUUUCAUUCAGAAUACAAGGACCAUAGUCAUUGUGAACUGGGAAACGCAGGAGGAGAAGGCGAGAAAGCAUCGAUGUAGGGUACUUUAAGCCUCUUAAGGCGGGUGGGCUGGCUGGUUUGGCUGUGAUCUUCAAAUGUCAUCACUUAUCUCCGCUUUUAAUCCAUUCUGCUCAUAUUUAAUGUGUCUUUCAUUUUUCUUUUAUUCCUUAUGUGGCCACACUGCAAAGUAGCUGGGUGUGUGUGUGUGUGUGUGUGUGUGUGUGUGUGUGUGUGUGUGUGUGUGUGUGUGUGUGUGUGUGUGUGUGUGUGUGUGUGUGUGUGUGUGUGUGUGUGUGUGUGUGUGUGUGUGUGUGUGUGUGUGUGUGUGUGUGUGUGUGUGUGUGUGUGUGUGUGUCUUUCUCUGCUUCAUGUUGUAUUUUGUUCCCAAGGCCAGCCAAGUUGGCAUGGCAACAAAAGGAAACCAUUUGUGUGACAUUUAUGAAAACUAUGUAUUAUUUAUUAUCGGGAUUGAAAGAGUCCCAUUACUGUAUUUUUAACUGUUGUUUUUCAAGUCACUGGAUAAAAAACCUCUGUAUGUCAGUCUUUUCCCUUCAGGCAGCUGAGGUGGAAAGAGGCAUGUGGCGACAAUAUAAAAUAUUAAUUCUGUAUAUGUUUUACAUAAUGCAAAACUACAAAGACCACUCCGGGAAAACCGCACAUUGGAAUAAGUGUUGUCGCUUUAAAAUGAAUCUUUCAUUCAUCAGCGCUUAAGUGCUCGACCACACACAGCUUCUGUGGUUUGAGUGUGUCGUACUGUAGGCUACAAUAAUGAAAAACAAAAACCACUGCUUCUCUGACAGGAAUAAAGAAUGGAGCAGUCGGAAAACAAAGUUUAGGAUAAACAGUUUCAUGAAGUGGCUGUGAAUAUUUAAAUUCAAAGUGUGCUUAUCUGGACUUGAACCUCAGCUCUGAGAGCACGAGAUGCACAGCAGCUUUUUUAAUUUAUUUACCGGCUUAUGAAUUAUGUUCAUAUAUGUGUAAUAAGUACAUACACUGCUAACACUCACUUUAAUGAUGAUGCGGGUGUUUCUUCAAAAAAUCCCAUGAAGAGAAACCAAACCAACAAAGCGUCCUGACAUAGCUUUAACCACUUUGGUUCCUGCUGUUGAUCUUUAAAAACGGGACGCAAAUAAUGCUUUUUUUUUAUACAGCUGGGAACUGUAGUUUUUAGGAGCUGUUACUUUAACACUGAAAAGGCUUUUUUUGAGGGACUAUAUUCAGCCGGGGAUGAUUACACAUCUAAUGCACUGGUGAUUAUUUCCAGGGGCAGACAGUGUAUGAAGGAUUAACAACAAAAAAAUGGUGUUUGGAAUAUUUGGGAGGAUUUGGGGAUUAAUUCAUUGUUUAUUUUGGCUUUUUAAUGGAUUUGGUGGCAAUUGAAGUACUAGAGAAUAUCACCUGCCGUACACAUAAAAUCAGUUUGCUGAUUAAAAUGAUCAACUACUGUAUAUGAGUUUGCUUGAUUUGAAAGCUGCUACCGAACACAUUUGGGUUCAAGUAAAUCUCCUGAAUUACUCAACUUUAUGUAAAAUAAAAAUGAAACACUAAAUCAAUGUGUUUCUCUGUUGACCAUUAAGCAUUGUGCAAUGGUGUGCAUAAAUACAGUCGUCAUGUAUAAAAUUAUGAAAUGUUUGAUAUAAUUUCAACUCUUUUCGUAGUUUUACAGGCAGUUUUUAUUUGACAGUGCGAAAGCAAUAUUUCAAAAUGCCACUUUUUAACCACACUGUUUCCAAACAAGACAAACCGGGCAAAGGCAGCUGAGAUGUUUGGGUAUGAAUUAUAAGAAUAAUGAGCAUUUUGUUGGAUUAUUUUACAGUUUUCUCAGUAUUUCCUCCUUUAAUUUAUUUCAUAAUGUCCUGUAUUUUCAGUUGAUAUGGUACAAUUUGGGCAGAAAAUGUGAUCCUUAGGUACAUUCUAGCAAAUAAAGUGUAUUUGAAAAUACAUUUCCUCCUCUGUGUCUGACUGGGAACAAGCUGAAGAAUAGGUUUUUAUUUCGCCUCGAAUGUUCAUUUAUGAUCCAUCUCCCCGUGGUUGUGAGUCUUUCUAAGUGCUGUCUUGAUUGUACGACUUGUUCGCCUGGCUGUUCUGCUUCUUGUGGGAGAGUUCCAGUAAUGGUCAUGCUGUCGUGUCUCAAGUGUUGGCUAUUCUUCUUUUAAAAAAUGCCAGAGGAGCUGUGAAAAACAGUGCUUUUAAAUCUCUUCCUCUUCACAUUUACCACCUCUGCUUUGACAUUGCAAAGCUGUGUGUUUUUGUUCCUUUUUACUGGAAAAUAAAACUUCUUUCAUGUGAUGGCAGAUCAAUAUUUUGAGCCUUUAUGUUGCAGGAAAGCGAUACCGUUAAUACUUGAUGAUUCUUGGACCGUAUUUUUCCUACAUGGCCUCUUUGAUCUGCUCCUCAUUUAUUUCCCUCCUCAGUUUAUGGACUUAUCAGUGAACUGUGACGAACGAGACAGAUUUCUCUCUCGUUUUGGUGAUUGAUUUGAAGAGGUGGGGGACUGGGCUCUGAACACAAUGGCUAAAGACAAUCAGAGCUAGGGGCCCCAAAUCUUUGUAAUGAUGGAAGGUGAACGUGACGAAUAAAGUUUGAAUGAUUUCAA